AUGCAACUUGAUGAUACAUUAUGUGGUAAAAUUGUUCACAAAAAGGAACAGAGACUCUUAAUUGAAGUAGAGAAGAUCUGCACGGGCAGGUAUAACACUGUCACUGCUGUUACCGCUGUCAAUGAGAGCUCCUGCCAGCCUGUGGGGCUGCAGAUCUGUGCCUGUAGACCAGAGAAAGAAGCUGGCCCCUCUACUGGGGUCGGCUCUAUGUCCUGCUUCAUCUCCUGCCAUUUUAUUCUGUCAGAAAAAAAGCUGGACCCCAACUUCAACCCUUCCUGCUACAAGACAGUGCUGAUCCUUAUCACACAGUGGUUAAGAAAGACUAAGAUCCAGCUGAUGGCCACAGAAGCACAAACGGCUAAGAAUGACCUUCCUUCCCCUGCACUGUCUCUCUUAAGGAUGAGGUGCCGAGACUUGUCUCUGUCUCCACCCCUGCCCACACGUGCCUCCCUCCAUCACACAUGCAGAAACAGAGGGGUAUGUUUGAAUCCUGAAAAUAGGAGGCUUAAUUUCUACACUCCUCUCAGUAAUGAGACCCUUCGAGAAAUGCAGACACAAACUGAGAGUUCACAAAAAAGAAAUGCAUUGAACACAAGAAUAUCAAAAUGGCAAUACCUCUGCCAGAGAUUCACCUGUGACAGCCACCUCACUCCUUGUCCAGAGAAACAGUGGCGGACACGGACAAGUCGCCAUCCCCUGUGCCACUCUCACAGCUCAGACUGUUCAGGCAGCAGCUCCCAGAGCCGUCAGCCCAAGUCACUGGUCCAGGUGAAGAACCCAAUCCAGUCCAGCCACUGA